AUGGCUUCCACAACUCCUCGCGAUCCCGUGCAUAAUAAUCACUAUGUCGACUACGUCAUUCGUUAUAACUUUGGCGACAACGACAUCGUACAGACUACGGAGCAACUAGAACGACUGCUGCAUAAGCUGUUUGAGGUUGGACUGCAAACCGAAGUGAGGCAGGGCGAUGAAACAUCUCUGCUGGUCUUUGUCCGCGCCGCGCGAAAGAAGAGUCUCCAACGCGCAGUGUAUCAGUCUCGAAUCCGCGACUGGCUCUAUGGCGUCCGCAACACUGAGCCCGAGUCAGAAUCCUCGGCCGAGCCGCAGUCCGAGUCGGAGCGACUGCGCGUCAUCUACCACAUGAUGACCGUGCCCAAAGAGGCUGGCGGCGCUGGUAUCACCCCGAAACAUGGCGAGUGGAAGAACGUCGAUUCGAUCUUUCCCUUGCAUGACGAGGAGAUGAACAAGCAGUGCAUGAAAGACUGGAGCCAGAAGACGUUCCUGUCCCCGGAGGAUCUAGAUCAGAUACGGAAUAUUUUCGGAGAGAGUGUCGGCUUUUACUUCUCAUUCCUUCAGUCUUACUUCAGAUUCCUCCUAUUUCCAGCGAUCUUUGGCUUUUCCUGCUGGCUUUUGAUUGGGUCUUUCUCAAUCGUUUACUCCGUGGUCAACUGCCUCUGGUGCAUCGUGUUUAUCGAAUACUGGAAACGACAGGAGGAGGACCUGAGUUGUCGAUGGCAGACUAAAGGAGUUUCCGCCGUCCGCGAGAAACGGCGCGAGUUUCGGCCAGAAAGAGAGAUCCUUGACGAGAGUACCGGGGAAAUCAAGGGCGUGUUUCCAGCAACGACGCGCAUGUGCAGACAGUUGCUCCAGGUCCCUUUCGCAUUGCUGUCCAUCAUCGCUCUGGGACUUAUCAUCGCGACAUGCUUCGCCAUCGAGAUCUUUAUAUCUGAGAUCUAUAAUGGACCACUCAAGUCGUACUUGGUCUUCAUUCCCACUAUCCUGCUCUCGGCCUUGAUCCCGACGAUGAGUACGGUCUUGGUGUCGGUUGCGACCAAGCUGAACGAUUACGAGAACUACGAAACGCAACAAGCUUACGAUGUCGCAUUGACGCAAAAAAUCUUCGUUAUCAACUUCAUCACAUCAUACCUCCCUGUGUUUUUGACGGCCUUUGUUUAUGUGCCCUUCGCUAGCCGAAUUGUACCACACCUUGACGUUUUUCAGGUGACUGUUCGUCCAUUUGUCUCGAAAGAGGUUGCGACGAAGUCACGUACUGAAUUCAGCAUGGACCCCGACCGCCUACGGAAGCAAGUCAUCUAUUUCACCGUCACGGCUCAAGUAGUUGGCUUCGCCAUGGAGACCAUCGUACCUUUUCUAAAGCAGCGCCUUCUACGAGAAUACAAAGAUUACCUUCGCAAGAAGAACGGGAAGGUGGAGUCAGAUUCCAGCUCUGAAGAAGAGGAAUCGCCCGAGGCUUUGUUCGACGACCACCCCGAUGAGACCAAGUUCCUCAUUCGCGUCCGCAAUGAGGCCGAUUUGUCUGACUAUGAUGUGACCGACGAUCUGCGCGAAAUGUGCAUUCAAUUUGGUUACUUGGCUCUAUUCUCUCCGGUCUGGCCGCUGGUCCCCGUUUCUUUCUUGAUCAACAACUGGAUUGAACUCCGGUCCGACUUCUUUAAGAUCUGUGUCGAGUGCAAGAGACCCUGGCCGCAACGCGCGGAGACAAUUGGCCCCUGGCUAGACAGUCUUGGGUUCCUGUCGUGGGUCGGUAGCAUUACUACUGCAGCACUUGCGUACAUGUUCAGCACUAGCCACGAGGGACCCGGUGGCGAGCCGACCACGAUCAAAGGAUGGGCCUUGCUUCUGACUAUUUUCUUCUGCGAGCAUAUCUAUCUCAUCGUGCGCUAUGCAGUGCGAGCGGCCAUGGCCAAGCUUGAGCCCCCGAAUGUGCGGAAAGAGAAGACCGAGCGGUACCUGGUGCGGAAGAGGUAUCUUGAGUCCACGGUUGGAGCCCGAAGCAGUGACGAUGAGAUCGAUGUUGACGAGAAAGAAGACCCAUCGGAGCAGCUUUCUCAGCUGACUCGUGAUACCCUGGAGGAUGAUGCUCGUUCCUGGGCGACCCAUGACACGGAUCCCGCGGAGCGGUUCUGGAUGCGGCAGAAAGGGUGGAAGGAAUCCUCUCAAGUCGGUGCGACAAUCAUCAAGACGCUCAAGAGAGAUUCGAACGCCAAGAAGCAGCAGUGAGAGGGAGGCUUCUUCUUCGUUCCUUAGAUUCAGUUGUGUACAAUGAUGCUUGUGCUGCCUGACAGUUACCGAGUAUGAACGAUAUUUGUUCACAUACCGUUUAUAUCUUGUUGAGGUCAAGUGACGAGUUCAUAUCUUUGUUUAUUAGUUUCAUGAUCAACUGUAUUUUGUAUAUAUCAAUUUGC